UCCUCCUCUUCUGGUUCUGGCUGCUGCUCUCCCCUUAGCUCUGCCCUGCCCCAGCUCACACAGAGGACGGGACCUUGGGCUCCUGAUUCCCUCAUUGGCCUGCAGCCCUGCCAAUCAGGCUGACCUGUAGCAUUGCCCUCUCCCCCUUGGUCUCGGGGACUGUCAGUCGCAGGAUCCUGACGCCUCAUCCGCCCUUCCCCUUCAUUUGGUAUUGGGUGACGGCUAACAAAAAAAUAAAAAAACACCCCACUACAGCUCAGUGAGUGGCCAAGAGCCCCCUACUUCUGCCAGCCACACCCAUGCGUUGUCUUGCUCAGACAAUUCAACAAAAGGGUUCCCCAGAAAAACCUCCAAAUAAAAUCAGACCAUGGGCCGGCUCCCCUUGACCACCACCCCUUGGUCUUCCAGGCAGGAGAAGCACAAACAGAAGCCCCCAUGUGCAGGGGUGACUGGACCCCAAGAGAACGCAGGAACCCCAUAAACUACCUGUGCCUCAAGCUAAAGGAAACCAUUAGUGGUUGCAGAGCAUCCAACACCCAAUGGCAAUCUCCCUUGUCCUCUGGCAGCAUCGUGGUGUGGCCAAUCCGGGGACGUACCUUAUGCAGCAUGUGCUGUUGCACCGUCCUUCCUGGACCUGGAGCCCCUGGCGGGUCGGGGAACCAAUUUUUGCUGCUGGAACAAAAUCAGGGGGAAACUCUUCUGGACUUUGCUUCAGGGACUGGAACAAGGAGAAGGGACGGACUUUUCUCUAAUGAUUACAGAGUUUUCGGUUUUAGCGAGGCGCGGGUCAGGGCUGAGCAGGGCGAGGCUUCCCGUACCCUGGGGUAGAACAGGAUUUGUCCCUCCCAGUCUGGGAACAGAUCCUAGAUUAACCUCGUUCUCUCUGCACAGCUGCAGAGUGAAUCAUUCCUUCCUCAGCCAUUGCAGGUCCUCUUCUCUUCUCCCCAGGGCAGCCUGGGAGCCCCUUCCUCAGCACUCUGCCAAGUAGAGCAAAUACCUGAAACCCUGAACUCUCUGUCCCCAACCCCUGCCUGCUGCACAGAGAGAAACAUGGGAAAUUGUUCCCCUUCCAAGCUGUCUCCCCCUUUUGGAGACAUGCUGAGAUCAGGCACUGGGUCCUGCUCCAUGUUGUGUUGUCAUUUACACCAGUGCAAAAAGGGUCUAGACUGCUGCCAUUCCGGCUCGGUGGAGUUGUACACCCACUUUGCACUGGUGUGAAUGCGUUUGCAAGGUGCAGCCAACGGAGAAUCUUUUAUUGUGCACAGACCUGUCCAUGGGGGGAUGAAGGGGAAGGUGCCCUGGGCCCCACUGCUUUAAAAGGGCUCGGGGCUCCCGGUCACUGCCACUGCUACAUGGUAACAGCCAGAGACCCGAGCCCUUUUAAUUGCUGCCAGAGCCCUGGGCGGCGCACGCCUGGCAGCGCUGAAGGGCUGAUUGGGGGAGGCUAGCCCCCAGCCCUGCCCCUUCCAGGGGUAUGGAGACAGCCCCCCCAACCUCGCUGAGGUAUAACAAACAAAAUAAUGAGAUCCCCAUAGCACUACACAUACACUAUAGCAGACCUUAAGGUGGCCAUCCUGCAGCAAAAUAACUUCAGGACCAGCCUCCAAAGAGAAACUGCGGAGCUUCAGUUCAUCUGCAAAUUUGACACCAUCAGCUCAGGAUUAAACAAAGACUGUGAAUGGCUUGCCAACUACAGAACCAGUUUCUCCUCCCUUGGUUUUCACACUUCAACUGCUAGAACAGGGCCUCAUCCUCCCUGAUUGAACUAAUCUCAUUAUCUCUAGCUUGCCUGCAUAUAUAUUCCUGCCCCUGGAAAUUUCCACUACAUGCAUCUGAUGAAGUGGGUAUUCACCCACGAAAGCUCAUGCUCCAAAACGUCUGUUGGUCUAUAAGGUGCCACAGGACUCUUUGCUGCUUUUACAGAUCCAGACUAACACGGCUACCCCUCUGAUAUGAGAUCCCCAUAAUGAGUUUACAAAAUCUGCAAACGUGGGUGCGUGGGUGGGUGAGGGAAGGGAAGACUUUUCCAAAUUAAAAAAAAAAUCCAAUUUUUCAACUGGAGAAGAUGAAAAGGAGUUUUAAUUCUUUAGAAAAAUACAUAUUUUGGGGUGUGACACAGGGUGCCUGGGGCAGCGCACAUGGAAAAUGCCUUGGGCCGGGCGGACUGCAGAAAAGGAGAGCAGCUUCUCCCACAGGUGGUGGUUUGCACUGUCGUUACAUUCACCGGCCAGUCACACAGGGGAAAAUAACAGAAACUGAACAGGGUUCAUCUAGGAUCUGUUGCCAGAAUGGGAGGGGUGAAUCCUGUUCUGCCCCAGGAUUGAAGCAACCUCUCCCUGCUCAGCCCUGACCCGCGCCUCACCAAAACAAGAAACUACUUAAUCAGUACAGAACAGUCCCUUCUCCUUGUUUCGCCCCCUGAAGCAAAUUCCUGGGGAUUUUUCUCCUAAGGGCUGAAUUUGUUCCAGCAGCAAAGAGUGAUUCCCUGACCCCACCCAUCAGGGGCACCUGGACCGUAAAGGACAGUUCCUCAGCACACGCUGUGUAAGGAAGAUGGAAGAACUAAAAUUUAUCCCUGGUAACAAAUUUUCAAAAGACAGAAAUACACUGCCUGGUCUGUCUGAGCAGGAAACUGAUGAGAUCAAGGCUGCUCUCGAAGCAGGAGACCUCUCAGGAGCAGCGUAUGUGGUGCACAGGUCUGACGAGUUGUUUAAAAACACCGAGCUCAACAUUGCAAUCACAGGGGAGUCAGGAGCUGGGAAAUCGUCCUUCCUCAAUGCCCUCCAGGGCCUGGGAGAUGAAGACAAAGAAGCUGCUAAGACCGGGGUGGUAGAGACAACCAAAGAACCAAUGCUGUACCGGCAUUCCAAGUACCCCAAUGUGAUCUUCUGGGACCUGCCAGGCAUCGGGACCCCAGCUUUUCAGCCAGACACUUACCUGGAGCAGGUGACAUUCAAUCGCUAUGACUUCUUCGUCGUCAUUGCUUCGGAGCGGUUCAGGGCCAACCACGCCAAACUGGCCCAGGAGAUCCAUAAGAUGGGGAAGAAGUUUUACUUUGUGCGCUCCAAGGUGGACUUGGACAUUUACAAUGAGAAACACAAAAAGAGCUUCAAUGAGGAGAGAACCCUGGAGCAAAUCAGAAACGACUGCAUCGAACACCUGUGCGGAGAAGGGAUGAGCUCCCCGCAGGUUUUCCUGGUGUCAAGCAAAGAAUUUCAGAAAUACGAUUCUCCCAAACUGCAGAAAACGUUGCUGAAGGAACUGGAAAGUCACAAGAAAUUCCUUUUCCUCUUGGCCCUGCCCAACCUUUCCAAACCAAUCUUGGAAAAGAAAAAAAAAGCUUUGCAAAGACAGAUCUGGAAACAAGCCCUGAAGUCGUGCACCAUUGCUGCUGUUCCUCUCCCGGUUCUCUCGGUGAAGUGCGAUGUUGGCAUCCUGGUGGAUAACAUGAGAGGGUAUUGUGAGAGCUUUGGGCUAGAUGACAGUUCCCUCUUUAUACUCGCUAGCCAGGUUGGGAAGUCUGUCGCUGAGCUGAAGGGCGUGAUCAAGUCCCCACUGGCCAAAAAUAUUUCAGAAGAAAUGGCUGAGAAGCAGCUGACUAAGGCUGCAGGAAAGGGUCUAAUUUUAGCUAAACAUUUUAUCAGCAUGAUACCGGUGGUUGGGACCAUAUUUGCUGCAGAGAGGUCUUUCACAGUGACAUACAGAAUGCUGAACAACUUUUUAGAUGAUGUCGCUGAAGACGCCCAAAGAGUCCUGAUCAAGGCAUUGGAGACAGAAGAGAAAACAAAUGAAUAACAGCCACAAAGACCAGUAAACUGAUACACGCCUCUGGCAGAUGGAGAUUGGAGCCAACCAGAGGACAAUGACAGAUUCUUCUGUACUCUGAUUUCAUGCAACCAAAGAAAAAAAAAUAUUGAAAAAGAUCUCCAGAGUUUGAGCUUUAAAAUACAAAGAUGUAUUUCUAGUGCGGAGGAACAGGAAAAACUGAGGUACAGUUCCCUGGCCCCACAAUUUUUUUAAGCCAGGCCCCAGCUGGGAUAAUUGAGGGACAGCAUCAGGGCAAAUACCAGCUCAAAAGGUCCUGAUCUAAAUUAAUUAAAAGCAUCAAGCAAGAGUUUUAAAAUAUAUUUUAACUUUCUCUGUGUAAACCAGUGGAGAUUCCUUGAGUCCAAUGGAGCGAUUGACACCAGCUGAGGAUGUGGCCUAUUGCAUGCGGUGUAAACCGGUGCAGAAUCUGACCGUGAGCAGCCAUCAGAACUGUAAUAGCGCAAAAUGUGAUCAGAAAAUAGUUGAAACCGGAACCAGCUCCUUCCAGCUUUUCUUCUUUUCCUGAGUCCUUUCUCCUUUGCCAUUCAAUGCAGGGUUAGACCAAUUCAACCUAAAGCCUGUGAACGCAAUUAAUUAAAAAAACACCAUUAAAAAUAGAUUUCUGAGCAGUAAAACACCGACCUGAGACCUGUAUCCUGCUGAGCUCCCAUGGGCUCAGCUCUCAACUCAACACUGCUCUAAUGCGGGUCCCUGCGCCCCAGGGAAACAGACUUGGUUAGGAACCCCGAGUACAGAUCCCCAGUAUUGCACCGAGCUCCAUUGAUCCAAUCCCAUUGACCCGCUCUGGGGAUCUGUUUAAUGGGUCUCAUAGCAGAUGUUUGCUAAUGAUUCUUUUCUCCGUCUGCCGUCCUUGUGCUAGAGGCUGUUAUUGGCUCUGCAACUAAGUUGUACCCUGAGCAGGGUUUGGAAGCAUCUGGCUCCUAAACCCAUAUCAGAGGAUUAAGAGUUAAAUUGCUGAAGUGAGAUUUUUCAUAUGGGCCCGAGCUGCAGUUUGAGCUGCUGCUGAUGGUGGUUUUGGUGCUGACGUGUUUGUUUAAUGUGGAGUUUAGAUUGGCCUGGCGUCAGGGAAUCACCCCACACCGCUCAGACUCACCUGGGAUUUGCAGUUUGUAACCACGAUGUGUCGGGCUUUGAUGACGAUUGGUUCAUAUGAUGCCACGCACCAGCCUAUCGCAAAUUAUUUGCUCUAUAUUCCACAGUCAGUAAUUCAUGGGAUUGCAUCUCUUUGCUCUGUGUAUUCACUGCUUGUGGUUUUGUCAUCACUGCAGAUCUUAGUGCAAUACUUUUGUCUUUUAAUAAACUCCCAGUCAGCUGGAUCUGA